UUUGUUUCAUUUCACAUCUCGUUCUCGUAUCGUUCACAACGUACGUUCAGUUUUCUCAAGUAAACGAAAAAUAAAGACGCACUCGUCUUUCGGAAUUUCGUCAGUUCAGUGUGUUCGCUGAAGGAAUAACAGAAAGCAAACCAAAACAGUUUCGUGAGAGUGCGAUAUCCUCGAAUACCGAUAAAAAAACAACAAAAGCCAAAACAUUCUGGCGAAAGUGAAGUGUAGUUACGCAGAAAGGACACCAGUAAAGCAAGUGCAAGGAUACGUGAAGUGUUCUAGCGAGUAACGAAAAAAAAAACAAAAUACAAUGGUGUACGCAAAUAUGGUAGCAGAACCAACGAUGGGUGGCAAAAUCCCACAGCCCAGUUCCCUGGAACCACUGUCCCGGACAUAUCAGUACCGUAAGGUGAUGAAGCCGAUGCUGGAACGGAAGCGUCGUGCUCGUAUCAAUCGUUGUCUUGAUGAGCUGAAAGAGUUGAUGGUAUCGGCUCUGCAAUCCGAAGGCGAAAAUGUUUCCAAGUUGGAGAAAGCCGACAUCCUGGAACUUACCGUUCGUCACCUGCACAAACUACGUCGGCAGCAACGUUUGACCGUCAACCCAGUCAUUGAUGCCGAUCGAUUCCGCGCCGGAUUCACCCAUGCCGCCAACGAAGUUUCCCGCUGUCUGGCCUCUACCGCUGGAGUUGAUAUCAAACUUGGCACAAAACUCAUGACACAUCUAGGACACCGCCUGAACGAUAUGGACAAAGUUUCUCCGCUGUCCGUUCACGUAGAACAGAACAUGCAAAGCCCUCCGAUCUCGCCGUUUUCGACCUCCUCGUCAUCUGCGGUUGAUAUACAGUCCUACCAGAUGCCACUGACACCUCAGUCGUUCCGUUCCGGCAGUGAAAACUCGAACAGUCCAUCUCCAAACCCCAGUGAGUGCUCCAAUGGCUCCAGCGAUCAACCCACAUCCGAUCUGCUGAAGAUUCAGGAGUCCGUUUGGCGACCGUGGUAAAUCUUCUCGAUUUUACACCGUAAAUUUCGAAUCACGAAUGGAACCGGUACCAGUGACAGCAAGACUUAUCACUCAAACGCAACCAAAUUCCUCAAUCCAGAGAUCUCAAAACACGAGAAGAUAAAGACGAAAAAACAGUUUAUUCAAACAAUCAAUCGUAUGGGUAUAGCUUUAAUAGACGUUAGGACUUUUUUCACUCUAAUUGUUUAAGAGUUUGUGAUAUUACCGUUCUUUAGGGACUAGGUCUUAAGGUUAUCUUUUGUUAGUGCUUUUUCGCUGAGAAAGAAUCUGUUUUAUUUCUGCAUUUUAGUUCAGAAACAUUUUAGCCAGUAGCAGCAGAUGUUUGUUCGAAUAAGACUUAUUAGAUUGUUUACAAAUUGCGCAAUUUGUUGCAAUUUCUGUGAUUGACAUGAGCAAAUCAAGAAAAUCAAAAAGCUACUUUGGUAAAUCUUUACUAAGAA